UUUUCGAUGGAAGCGGUUCUGUCAGCGGAAAAGUGAAUUAUAGCAGAGCCUGCCUGAAAAACUCAAGAAAACCACAUCAAAGAAAUAGCAGCUCUCAGCUAAAUAAUAACAAACACAAUACUUUCUGCUCAGUCACCGCAAACUGAAAUAAUCACUUUUCUGCAAAACGGCGUCAUCAAAAAAGUUUUUGCUACUACAACUCUAGAAACGCGGAAAAAUUUGUCAAAAAUACAACUAAAAGAAAAACAACAACGCGAGUGCACGUGUAUGUGAGAGGUGCUCAGUAAGAGUGUUUGCGUGUGUUCGUUUCUGUGUGUGACAGAUAAUAAAAGGAGAAGAAAAGAAGUUGUCGAAAGUCGUUCGUGAAAAUUCAAGAAAUAUAGUGCAAGCGCUGCAGGGAAAUUGUCCGGAAAAAUCGCAAAAUCCAUUGUUUUUAGCCGGCAUCUUAAUGACGUCACGUCGUGCCGCAAAAAACCAACGAUAACAACAGCUUCUGCAACAACGCGCGUGUUUAGUUUACACACACACCACGCCGCGUCGAGAAAAAAGGUUAAAAAUACAUUUUCAAUUCACCAUCGGCGUAAAAGUAAAACAAUAAACAAAUACAAGAAAAUAAAACAGCAGCCGCUUUUUCACCCAACAACAACAAUUUCAACAACUUCAACUUUGCCAGCAGCAACAACAACAAGUCAGCUGGACAACCGAAGAUAAUGUAAACUCAGCUUACACACAAAAAAGCAGUAAAAUAUAAAAUACAAAAAUUAACAGCUGCGUUUAUCUAUAGAUAUAUAUACACACACAUCUAUAUAUUUGACUAAGCGUUCGAUUUGAAUCAAAAUUAUAGCCCAAGCUAUCAGCUACCCCCACAAGCUUUGUACUCCACAAAAACGCUAACGAGCAAAAUCGAUAAAGACCAGAAAGCAAAUGAAAUCAUACCAUCUGCCAUAGAUCUAUGCUAUAAACAUAUAUAGGUGCGCUGAUCUGUGCUCUUGAACUUAGUGUUUUUUGUGUGUGCGUGUCGCGAGAGGAGCACCCAAAACCAAACAAAAAACGUAUAGUAAAACAAUAAGAAGCAAAAAAAAAAAAACAUUAUCUAGUCGCUAGGCUAUAACUAUACAAACUCCAGCUAUCCCAGAUCCAGAUCCGUAAACAGCAUAUAGUUAUAUAUCUAUAACCCCAAAAUACGAUGGCCAACGUUGUCAAUAUGAACAGCCUGCUCAACGGCAAGGACUCGCGCUGGCUGCAAUUGGAGGUCUGUCGCGAGUUCCAGCGCAACAAAUGCUCGCGCCAGGACACCGAGUGCAAGUUCGCCCAUCCCCCGGCCAACGUGGAGGUCCAGAACGGCAAGGUCACCGCCUGCUACGACAGCAUCAAGGGCCGCUGUAAUCGUGAUAAACCGCCGUGCAAAUACUUUCAUCCACCACAGCAUCUGAAGGAUCAGUUAUUGAUAAAUGGACGCAAUCAUUUGGCCCUCAAGAAUGCACUGAUGCAACAGAUGGGCAUCGCGCCCGGCCAACCGGUCAUAUCGGGCCAAGUGCCAGCCGUGGCAACAAACCCCUAUCUGACCGGCAUUCCGGCCAACUCGUACAGUCCGUACUACACAACGGGACACCUGGUGCCCGCCUUGCUGGGUCCGGAUCCCGUGACCUCCCAACUGGGACCCGUGGUGCCCCAAACAGUGCAGGUGGCACAGCAGAAAAUACCACGUUCCGACAGAUUAGAGGUGUGCCGCGAAUUCCUGCGCGGCGCCUGCAAACGGGCGGAAUCCGAGUGCCGGUUCGCCCAUCCGCAGGAGAGCGUCGCCAGGCACGACGACGGCUCGAUAACGGUUUGCAUGGACGCCGUGAAGGGCAGGUGCGCACGCGACCCCUGCCGCUACUUCCAUCCCCCCCUGCACCUACAGGCACAAUUAAAAGCGGCCCAAACACGCGCCACCGCUGUCGCUGCUGCAGCUGCGACCUCACCUCUUGCGGCACACCAUCACCAGCAACAACAACAAUUGCAACACCAGCUGAACAACAUCAACCACAACAACAACAACAGCACCGCUGGCGCAGCAGCCACCUCGACAACAGCAACAACAACCACAAACAACGCCGCUGCCGCCGCCGCCGCUGCUGCCGCCGCUGUCAUGGGCCAUCACACACUGGAAGUGGGCAAGAAGCGGGCGGCGGACACGACCGACAUGUUUCCACUGCAAUUCUCUGGCAUGGUACCGUUCAAACGUCCAGCUGCCGAAAAGUCUGGCAUUCCAGUUUAUCAGCCCGGUGCGACCGCCUAUCAGCAGCUAAUGCAGCCCUACGUGCCAGUCUCAUGUGAGUAUCCCCAACAACAACAACAACAACAACCACCACCACAACAACAACAACAUCAACAACAAAAUGUACUACUACAACAACAACAACUACAAUUAAGUAGCGUCAUAACAACAACAAGUACAACAGCAACAGCCAGUAACAAUAUGAUUAAUAAUAAUAUUAAUAAUAAAGGUAUCAUAAACGCUGUUAUGGCUUCUACCAAUAUAACAUCAUCAGCAACAACAACAGCAUCAUCAUUACUAUCAGCGUUGGCCGCACCACCAACAACAACAACAGCCAUUACUAAUCAUAACGAUAGUGAUAACGAUUCCGAUCGCUAUCAAGACCAUGACAAAAAUCCCGAUAGUACUGCUGAUGGUGAAGCUGAUAAUGCCGAUCGCAACGAUGCCAUUGAUCAAGCCAGCAAUCAAGACAAUAGUGACCAAGUGAAUCUGAAUCAGAAUCAGCAAAAUUCAAGUCCCGCUAAAGAUUGUAAUACAACACGAACAAUCUCACCAAACUCCCAAGACACAGCAGCUACAGCUGCCACUGCAACAGAAACAGACACACUAGAUACAGAAUCUGCAACAGCAGCAGCAGCAACAUCUGCCACGCACCCCCCUGGCGACACACCGCCCCCUUGCCCCCGUUCGCCGCAAGGUGAUAGUCUUCUGCCCCUGCCCAAUGGCCUGGGCGACAAUAACAAUUACUUGUCCUAUAUCAAUAACAAUCUGAACAAUGGUCAGCUCAAGUCGGCUAAUCCCGAAGAAUUGAACGGUGGCGACUUGGAGAGUAGCAGCAAUAACGCAACAGCCGCAGUCGCAGCAGCAGCAGCAUCACGCAACUAUGCCAAGCAGAAUGGCGAGGGAUACUCGAGGUAUAUGGUUAACGGUCAUAGCACUGGCAUUCUGCCAACACCCACAACUUCUGCUCCGGCAGUUUCCUAUCAGGCUCAGGCACAAGCCCAGGCUCAAGCCCAGGCCCAAGCUCAGGUUCAGGCCCAGGCACAGGCCCAAGCUCAGGCUCAGACUCAGCAGCGCCUCAACUAUGCCAUGUCCGCCUAUGGUAAUCUGUACUCCCACUACGGAGCAGCCACCUCUGCCAUGGUGAGUCUGCCCAGCAGCACUCCCUCCUACGCCCAGGCUCAAAUGCAGCAGCAGCAACAGGUUCAGGCCCAAGCUCAGGCCCAGGCUCAAGCCCAGGCUGCCUAUGCCCAGCAGGCCUACGCCGCCUAUGCUGCAGCAGCCGGCUUGGCACCUCAGGCCACCGCUACAGGUGGCUACUACGCCGAUCCGGCUGCCCUGGCCAAGGAGGUGGCCCAGAAGAACUACGCCAUGAAGGUGGCCAGUGCGGGCUCAAAGCCGGGUGUCUCCUCGGCAGCCGCUGCCUACACCGGCUUGACACUCAACAAGAGCUAUGUGGCCGCAGCAGCUGGUGCACAGCCUGUUCAGGCCGCCCAGCAUCAAGCCGUUUCCAUGGCAACACUAUUGCAAAUGCAGGCUCAAGCCCAGGCGCAGGCGGCACAAGUCCAGGCCCAAGCUCAGGCUCAAGCUCAAGCUCAGGCCCAGGCCCAGGCUCAGGCCCAAAUGCGCCAGUUGGGUUCCCUGCCCAGUUCAGGACUAGCGACUCCUGUGCCCGGCACCCCAGUGCGUGCCGCAGUCGGUGCCAGUCAGUAUCAAUCGGCUACCCUAUUGAGAGCACCCUCACCCAUGCCAUAUGCGCAGGCACAGAGCUACUUCUAUCCCGGAAUGAUGCCCACCGCAGCCUAUGCCAUGCCACAAACUCAGGCCGCUGCUGCUCAACAAUAUGCAGCUGCUGCAGCAGCAGCAGCAGCCGCUCAGGCGGGAACCCCAGGCAGUGCCAUGGUCCUAAAUCCCUACAAAAAGAUGAAGACCUCCUAAGAAUCCGGGCGAUAACAAUCUGAAAGUCCAAACACAACUGUACUUAAUGCACCAAGCCAUCUAACAGAUGGAAAAGUCACACCAUUUUAGAUUUAUAGAUAUGAACACAUCGAAGACGUAAGAAUAUGUGCCUCAGUUUUCUUUGAAAGGACAUGUAGAGAAAAACAUUUAGAUCUUAGUUUUACCAUAGGCCUCAUAGCGUUAGGAAACCGAACCAUGACACGAUAACUAAAACCAGACAAACAGCGAGACAGAUCGAAGAUCAAUGCUUACUAACCCAAAUGCCCAAAACUUGCUGACACGAAUCGAUAAUUUGCCAUUAAGUUAUUUGACAAACGAAACAUAACCUCACUGUGACUCAAGUGUUGCCAUUUUCGCAAAUUAAUCGAAAAACCGAGCUUUUAAAGCACAAGCGAACGGAAGAGAAACAGAUGUUAGAUGAUAGUAAUACUUAAGUUCCUUUUUGGAUAGCUCUUAGUUAACUCUAGUUUAUAGGAAACGGUCACACAAAACGGAUAGAAAAAACUUAAAACGGAGGCGGGACAGAGAAAGAAACGAAGAACUGUGAUAGCUAAAAAGCUUUGAGGGAUCAAAAACAUUAAGCCAGAAAGGAGUUCAAAAAAGGAUAAACCUCUAAUGCUGCUGCCGAUGCUGGGUACAGUUGUGUAUGCUUCUUGCUAGCUGCGGGUGCUUAAUGCCAUAUUGCCGUCCCUGUCUCCCAACUGCGCUAGUUCGAAUAGCUGUCUUUCUCUCGCCCCGCCCAUCAUUCAUUUUUCGCGCUCUCUCUAUCUAACUCCCUAUCGCUGUUUCUUAAUGUUUCCUAACUAGCUAGAUAGCUAGCGUGAAUGCUGUUGUAAUUGUUUAAAAUUGUUGAGCAACGAUUAUUGCGUAACGAAUAUUGUCUAGAUUAUAUAGAAUACUUAUACGAUAUACAAAUACAUAUAAACCUAGCUGUACGUGCUGUAUGCUGCUACCCAUAUUCGAUACAAUAUAUACACCCACACUAUGUACUCUAACACACGCUCAUCCCCCACUAGUACACAAAAGAAAAAAGGCAUUAUAAUGACCAGGAUCAAUCUGUAAAUCGUAUGUCUAGCUUACUAAUCAGAUAUUACAGUACAGUCACCACUCACGAUCACGUCUCUCUAUCUGUUUCACUCACACACCAGAUACCCAUACACUUUUCAGACUGUUAAGCCAGCAAAAUUAAUUUAUGUUAAUGUUAUGUUAUUGAGAUUUAAAUUUGAUGUGUUGACCAGAACUAUGUAAACCCUUUUGAUUUUCAACGACUAUCUCCAUAUCCUGAUUUCAUUCUUCACCUGUCUCUUAACAACUAUCACCCACUCUAUCGAUGUAUUAUAAAUGUUUUCCUUUUUGUAAUGGAAUUGUUAAAAAAAAAAAAAAAAGAAUAAAAUCAUUGACAAACAGAACUAAGUUUUUAAUGUUAGAUCUCGUGUGAUUAUCAGUUAAUUGCUUUACGUUCUUUUCUAUAUAAUUUGUAUGUUGAUAUUUAUGUAUUUUUUGUACUUAUAUACCAGUUUUUAGUGUAGGUUUUAUAUAAUUUUUAAAGUGUGUUCCCGAUUGAAAAAAAUGAGAAGAUCCUCCAAGAUAAAUUUGCCACUGACUUGCGCACCUUAAGUUUUAGUCUCCCCGCCUACACCCCGCAACCGCUAAAACUCCUCAUCCGAAAACAUCCUCCACACAUUAUUAUUGGAUAUAUACGAUAAUCUCUGUAAAAUUGUUUUAAAUGACAGUACUUCUAAUGUCUUACAACGAUUUGAUGUUUGCCACUAAUUCUUAUCCUAAUUCUAAUCCUAAUUCUAGUUUAGUUUCGAUAGUUUUUAUUAAUGUUUUAUUUAAAAUACCGUGUGUUUUUCUAAAUAUAUAGUUUACGAAAAAAAAACAACAAAUAUAUAAAUAUCUUAUUGUGUGUUGGUAUUUUACUUUAUUUUACUUACUUAUUUGGUAUUCACUUGAUAUAUGUUUCCGUUGUGCCGCUUCUACAUCUCACCUCUGACUUAAAUGUACUCCUUUGAUAUAUAGACAUAUCAAAUACCGAUCCAUAAAAACACAAGCUUUGCCGAGCGCUUUUGGGCAGAGCAGCACUCUAUCUCUAUAAAUCUCUUUAAACCCAUACCCCCCUAGCUUGUUUUUUAAUUUAAUAUAAAAAUUAAGAUUAUUACUUUCAUUUGAGCAUUCCUCGCAGUCUUCUUCACACAGAUACACACACAUUUUAGGACUGCCUGACUCCUUCACCUUGGUCUGCUUCCCCUCUUAUUGCUUUUCCACCCAGAAAACGAUCUUUCUCCCUCCGUAAAUCCAUUUAACCUAUAUAUGUUUUAGCUCUUAGAAUAAUGGCAAGCAAAAUGAGUACGCUAACGGUAGUAAACUAGUUGUAAAAUCUGAAUAUACCAUUUAUCUAAAUAUACCUAUCUGCCUAUGGCCAAACAAAUGCUUGGCUUACUCUAUACAUACUCGUUAAGAAAUAAGCUUACUAAACAUGGCAGCAGAAUACAAUAUUGAUUCAACGUAUACCUAUAUAUAAUAAUACGUAUAACAAGCUACACCAGAUUAAAGUAUACCUACAUAUAUUCAUCAUAUAUCUCAAUGUCUUGCCUAAAAGUAUGGAAACAUUAUCUUUAUGUGUCGUAUGGUUAAUUUUUUCGUUAUCAACGUAGAACUGUUGCCGUUGGCCCAUAAUUUCAGCAAGAAAAAACUUAGCGAAAAUGUUCAGAAAACGCUCUCAAACUAACUAAGAACUAAAGCAAGAAAAAAACCAAAACUAAAAGCAAACCAAAACACCACUCACCACUGCAUGGCGCCAAGAUAUAAUUAAAUUGCAUUUAAGACCUAAGAGCUCAUAUUUUAUUCCGCUUUUUCAACCUUUGCAAUGCACCAAAAACACAGCAACAGACAAAAAACAAUAUGUUAACAUUACCGAGCAAACAAUAUAGUAAUGAAUUGUCAGUUGAAACUAGGAUAACAAUGAGUUAGGCUGACUUAAAUAUACAAAGGAAAGAAAUGAAAUAUAACCACUUAGAAAACAACAGUCCAUUCCAAUAUAGUUAAUUGGGUUUUCAGGCCUUGUUCAAUAAAUAGAAGUACAGUACCGUCCAAUAGAAACUAUAGUUUAGUGAAUUCCACAUAGUUGCCUCCUUUUAAUUUGUAGCCAAACCACCAAAAGUCUCACACACAUUACACUGAGAGAAACCAAUUUAAAUUAGGAUUUCAUUUCGUGCUUACUACCAUCGACGAUAAGUAAGCGAAAAGUAUGGCAUGUCAAAUAAGAGAGUUGGUAACAGUGCAAGAAUGUCCAAGCUAAAAUUAUUCAUAACAUUUAAAUAUAUAUGUCGAAAUAUAUAUCUAUACACACAUCUAUACACAAGCAAAGACACUACUGAAUAUGUUAUAUCUGUGCUAACAUUAGUCGUAUUAUUAUUAUAAAGACAAACAAAUUAUAUUGAAAUUAUAUUAUAUACGUUUUAUUGUAAAAACCGUAAAACAACUUGUUGGCUUCUUUUACUCGAAACUUGGAAAGUGAUCAAACCAAAACUAACAUUCUCUCUUUCUCACCCACUACUAAUCCAUAAACAACAGUUUGCUGUGCGUUGUCUCUUUCUCUCUCUAUUUGUUGGCUGUUCUACAUGACUACUUUUUCAAUAUAUUCUGAUUUGGUAUAUUUAUGAUUUUACUUCUAAGUUAAUCUACUCAUUUUGCUGAAUAUUUUAGUUAAAUCAAGCUUUUUCGAUUAAUUUUUGCCUAUUUUGUUAUAAAAAAAGAACCUCGGUGGUAACUGUUUAGGCGUACGUAAAAUUCAAUGUGUCCUCUGCUCGACUAAAACUCUUUUGAUUUCCUCACACACUUCACAUAGACACACCCGAUUUUCUUUAGUAGAACUCUCAAUACACUUGGCUUGCUGGAUUAUCCAGAGAUAUAUUACUGUAUUGUUUGGCUAAAGCUGUUCUUGUGUAUGGAAUAUUAUAUAUAUAUAUAUAUGUCAAUAUUAAAUAUGUAUACCCACUAGAGUUAAGCGCUUUUUGUAAUGUUUUCAAAGAAAAUGCUUCGAUUCAUUUUAAGUUUUAUGCGACAAAUUUGCUCUAUUUUAAUCUAAGACUCUCUUUCAAGCAAGCAACUUUAUAUAUCUAUCUUCUAGAUGUAACUCUCACAACCCUACGAUUUUCAGUCUUACUAUAACUCUUUCACUAGCAUGAUCCUUGAAUCAGUCAGUCCUCCGAUGUAAUACCUACCCGUACUCAACUUGAAGCUUUUCUUUGACUUCAUUACAAAAAGUAAGAGCGACGCCAAAGAAACAGUAAUGUUGUCUCUUUCGAAUGAACACUAAACCCCACCCUUUCGUCUGCCCAAUGAAAGCGCUCGACUUUCUCUUUUUUGGGGAAAUUAUCGUUGGAAAGUACGCUAGUAGGCGAUUUGAACAUAAAAAUUAUUUUGAGUUACAUUCAUUUAGUUGACCUUUAUUGUGUUUACUUUGAUUUAAUACUGUUCUUCAUAUUUUGUGAGAUCUUUCGAUUGGAGCGUAAUUUGUAAUUUUCAGCAUGUGCUCAAUGAAACAGAACUUUUUUGUAGCAAGUAUUUCGAUAUGACUAUGAGUAUGAAUAUCAAGCAGUGACGUUGCAAGUGGCUGUCUCUUUCUACCCUCUAUAUACGUAUCUCUCUCGCUCGCUCUCGAGACCGAUAUUACUACUCGUACAUUGCGUUUGUUCACAUACAUAUAUAACUCGUGUAUGGCUUCUGAGGCAUGUGGUAUGAUGGUAAAGCUAUAUGAAAGCACUUAUAAGGUAAGCUGGUGCACCGCCCCAAUAUCCGAGCUUUUGUUUACUCCCAUAACGGUAUACUUAUGAUUAUAUCUGAAGACUGAUACCUGCUAUAUAGAUGCUAAGUAUGUCUAAUGCCCACAAUUUUUUCGUUUUGGUAGACUCGUUUGUCGUUUAACCGCUUUGAUCGGAGGAGCUAAGGAAGAUCGAAGAUCGACUUUAUUGAGUGAUUGGUUCCUGUUCGAUCGGGCAAUCGAUCUGCUUAGUCCACCGAUACACCCAUACAUACACACAUACAAUACACUUGUGGCCAGUAAAUGUUAUUAACAUGAAUUCUUUUUUUUUUUGUUUCUUUUCAAACGAAUUGUUUCUUUCUUUUUCGUAACAGCAGGAUAACAAAAAAGAUCCGCAAUGUAAAAUGUUUGACUGUUUGCUGAACAUAGAGGAGACUAUACUCCAUACGAUACCUAACGAACACGCACACACACACACGAAACACUCUCACACAAACACACUCCUAUAUAUACACCUACACUUAGUUAGCAAGCUUGUAGUGCGAGAUGCUUUCUAGGUGAAGUUGCUUUUGAAGGCACAGCGAAACGCUUGAGAACGAGAACAUCUAAAGCCAAAUAGAAAAAAAACUGCUUCAACUAUUCCUGCGCUGGAAGAACCAGAGUCUAUAGCCCAGUCCACACACACACUACACUACAAAAAAAAACCCACACACAACCCCCAAAA